AGACUGGUCCACAGACUGGGUCCACAGACUGGUCCACAGACUGGGUCCACAGACUGGUCCACAGACUGGUCCACAGACUGGGUCCACAGACUGUGUCCACAGACUGGGUCCACAGACUGGUCCACAGACUGUGUCCACAGACUGGGUCCACAGACUGGGUCCACAGACUGGGUCCACAGACUGAGUCCACAGACUGGGUCCACAGACUGGGUCCACAGACUGGUCCACAGACUGUGUCCACAGACUGUGUCCACAGACUGGUCCACAGACUGGGUCCACAGACUGGUCCACAGACUGUGUCCACAGACUGUGUCCACAGACUGUGUCCACAGACUGGUCCACAGACUGGGUCCACAGACUGUGUCCACAUACUGUGUCCACAGACCGGGGACAUGUGGACAGGUCAUCUGCUGAGAUCUUCCUGGGUUUGGACCAGAAGUGACAGGAAGUGACAGACUUUUAGUUUCCUGUUUUCCAGGUGAUGUCGUCUGAUUGUAGUUAUAUUAAUSAAGUUAUUUAUGGUGUAGUUGUUACCAUGACAACACAAAGUGUAAAAGUAUUAAUGAUGCAUGAUAAAUAUUGAUUAUUGAUUAAAUUUAUCACAUUUUUACAACCUAACUUGUUUCUGCUGGUUUUUAUUAUUGAGCAACACCUGGUCUUUGAUCCCACCUGCUGGUCCAGGUGAGAUCUGAUCCAGGUCACCUGAGACACUGAGGAGCUGAAACCCACCUGAGCACAGACCCCAGGUCCCCCUCACCUGACAGCCCUCUGAUUGGACAGGAGGGGUGACACCUCAGCUGAUCAAGGAGCUGACGUCACCUGGGAAUUCCCCGUUGUCACUUCCGAGCCCACUCUCCUCAGCGGUGUCUCCCGGAACUCUCCCCGCUCCUCCGCGCUCUCUCCCGGCUCUCAGAGAACAUGUCAGCCGCUCGCUCGGACCAGGUUCGGACCGGAGAACAGAACCGGAGCGGAACCGAACGGAACCAGCCGGAGGCCGAGGUCCUGCAGCCGCAGACCGUGUUCGUGAUCCUGGAUUCGUCUGAGAGCCUGAACCUGGUUCAGGUGGAGUCUGGAAUCGUGGCUGACAUCGAGGUGGACGGUUUGAUUCCCUCAGACAGUGACACCUUCUAUAAGAUCAAGAGCCAGCCAGUCAGCAGCAGCUCCUCAGCAGCAGUUUUCUCCUCCUCUUCUUCUUCUUCAGUUCCAUGUGUGAUGUCAUCCAGGGUUCUGCUGCGUCAGGAUCUGAUGCGUCAGCAGGCUCUGGAGGAGGAGCAGAAGGAGGCACAGCAGCAGCAUCGCUCCUCCCUGGACUCCUCCUCCCCCAUCUGUAUGUCUGUGUCCUCCUCCUCCUCCUGCUCCUCCUCCUCCWGCAGACCUGCUCAGGUUCCUGUGGAGGUCCUGAAGGUGCAGACUCACCUGGAGAACCCCACCAGGUACCACAUUCAGCAGGCUCAGAGGCAGCAGGUCCGUCAGUACCUGUCCAACACCAAGACAGCCAAUCAGCAGCCAGCUGUGCAGCCGUGCCAUGCCCCCAAGCUGGGCUACGCCCCCGGACAUCCAGUGGACCCCAAACAAAAAAUGGAGGAAACCAUCGUUGAUGACAUCAUCAGCCUGGAGUCCAGCUUCAGUGAUGAUGCUCUGACUGAGUCUGGACUGCAGCUCACCAGCACGACACCUGUGCUGGAUGUGUACGGACGGAUGGACACGCCCACCAUCAGCGUUAGCAGCAGCUGCCCAGCUAACCUGCACACCGUCAAGACCGAGCUGAGCGAUGUGGAGAACAAAGCUCUACUAAAGGAGAGGCAGAAGAAGGACAACCACAACCUGAUUGAGAGGAGGAGACGCUUCAACAUCAAUGACCGCAUCAAAGAACUUGGAGCUCUGAUCCCCAAGUCCUCUGACCCAGAAACAAGGUGGAACAAAGGAACGGUCCUAAAGGCGUCCGUAGAUUACAUCCGCAAACUGCAGAAAGAACAACUGAGAGCCAGAGAAAUGGAGGACAGACAGAAGAGACUGGAGAGCACCAACCGCUCGCUGCUGCUGCGCAUACAG